CAUAGUCUAUAGAUUCCGCCAUUAUACUUCCGUCAUGUUAAAAUACGAGUUGGGUAAUGGAUAACUAUACAUUUACUGCGUCUAUGGUCGCCACAUGAGCGAACGUCAUGAGGAAAUACUUAAUAGUGCAUUGCAAAGAGCAGAUACAUCCCACACUUUUACAUUCUACGCAUAGAAGAACCUAGGUAGCCACCGAGUAGCUGGGAGCAAAGGACAUCCAUGGCAUACAUAGUAAUGCGAAGUAACGAGGUGGGGAGAGGGUCAACCAGUGGAUGACGGAGCAGAUUGCCCGGAGUCCACGACAGCUGAGAAACCAAAAGGAUUUGGCAGUCAGUCGCACGCUGGAAACCUCCACAAGACGAUAUACGUCUUCCUUACCCAAGAGGUUAGCUCAGUGCGAUGGUUCUAGGUGACUACCGAUAACCGAACUCGAGACGCGAUGGCGACAGGUAAGCGACGCAGCAUCCACACGUCGUCCGGGAACCCCGGCUCGUUUGGUUACUCCGGCAGUGGUCCACGCUCGAGUCGGAUGAACUUUCGACCGAGCAACACGCAACAGGAAGACCGCGGUGGCACUCGACCUACCGCGGCACCGAGUUCGAUAGGCCUCAUCUUGGUCACUAUGCUGCUGCACGUCUGCAAGAAGUCGCUGCUGUUCGACACCCGGCUCAAGGUGGCCAUCUACUGCGGCACGAUAUUCACGGUCUCUCUGAUCGCAGACUUCAUCGCAAUGCCGCGCACCUAUUUCUCCAGAUCCGACAAUGCCCUGAAUCAGUACUUUGUCAAGUGGGGCUGGGGCUGGCUGCUGUCCUUAAUUGUGCCCUGGAUAGUCUUGACAGCACACACGCUGGGUUGUGGCCGUCGACCGAUCCUGCUGAGGCACUUGGCCCGCAUUAUACUUGCCACUUGUGCCUGGAUGAUUUGGACAAAACUGUUCAAUUACAUUGAAACCAACUAUGGCAAAUGUCUGGGCACUCGCGAUAUUCACAUGCAGUCCAAGGCAAAGUGCCUGCAGUCGGGUAGAUUCUGGAGUGGCCUUGAUAUAUCUGGACACACAUUUAUCUUAAUUUAUUCGAGCCUAAUCCUUGCUGAAGAAGGCUCCUCCCUGGUAGGAUGGGAGGGUAUCAAGGAUCUAAUAAUGCGGGAAGAGCACACGCGGUCUGUGCCAACUGAGACUAGCACUGGCCCGUUACGUAAUCUCUCGGAUGGUGAUCUGGGAUUCUUGAAGAAGGCUCAUCGGGCACUCACGCCGUAUCUACGUGGUCUUUUUGUGGCAAUGACGUUGCAGCAGCUGCUGUGGGAUAUCAUGUUAGUAUCAACAAUGCUUUACUAUCACAUCAUGAUCGAGAAAUUCCUGGGCGGCGCAGCUGCGGUCAUUACGUGGUACGUUACAUAUCAAUGGUGGUACAAGCUGCCCAAGAUCGGUCUGUCAGCACCUGGCGAUGGCCUCUUUAAGUACAACGAGAUAAAGAUUAAUCCAGAGAUCAAUGCCAGAGUGAGACGCAGCACACUGAACGUAAUGCCGAUCAGAACAAUGCAAGAGCCCUCGGAACUGAAUUCGUCGUUCAGACAAGCGGAUCUCGACAUAUCUGCUACGAGGGGGUAAAAACGUCCUCAAUGAACCGAUCACUUUCACAUCGGCACUCUUGUUUCCUCACUUAAAGUGCAGUUUGGCGAUCGCGCAGCAUGGACCGUUUUUUACAUAGGAACUGAAUAUUCUGAAAAUAUCCAAAUAGCACUUAUAAUGCCUUAUGAUUUACGAAAUUUCCAUUUAUAGAUACUUAAAUAAUUGAAACGUUGCACCGUGGCGAAUAUAUAAAAUGUAUAUAUAAUAUUUAAAUAAGUAAUCGGGAAAUAUAUAUAGGGAUUUCUUAUGUUGGUACAAAGGUCGAUUCGAAUAUAAGAAUUAUAAAAAAUAUAAUUUCGUCUGAAAAAUAUGUAUAGGUG